UACCCCUGGUCAAGUUCUCGCAAACCCUUGUGGUGGGAAGUGUGUGGUCAGUCGACGCUCAGCUCAAAGCGGUAUCAGUCGUGCCCAGGGUUGCGAACUCGAACUUGAAGGAAGCAACUGCUGACGAUUUUCUGUCAUCUUGGGUCUCUCGACAAAGCAACGCAUCCAGCCAUGAAGUCCCUGAUCAUUGCUUGUCUGCUGUCAGUGACGGUCCUAGGCGCCAAACUUGACGAUUUGGAGCGGCAACAUGACUUCCCCCUGGCCACAGGUAGGGAAGCCAAGGAGGCAUCGGCAAGACUUCUGGAGUUCUUCGACGCCGUGUACAACGAUGCACAGUUCCCGGCCGAUAUGCCUUCCUACAACGAAAUUCCUGCCACUGUCCAGUUCAACUGCGAUAACAGGAUCCCAGGAUAUUAUGCCGAUGUUGACCAUGGGUGCCAGGUGUACCACAUCUGCCGCGAGGACCCAGAGCAUAACAUAGCCACCUUCCUGUGCCCGAAUGCCACCAUCUUCCACCAGGAGAUCUUCGCCUGCGAUUGGUGGUUCAACGUCGAUUGCUCCGUCUCGCCUAAUUUCUACUACCUGAACGAAGAUCUUUACAAGGACCCAGAAGAAGAAGAAAUCUCGAACGCUAACUUUGCACGGGACCUCGAAAGCCAGGACCUCGGUCAACCUGAGCAUAGUAGAUUCGAGAGGAGUGCUUCGCGCCCAGACGAGUCCCGGGAACUGGACAUUUCUUUUGAGGAAGAAGCUAGUACGAACGAAGAUGCCCAUAUCAUCGAAUAUCUGCCUCCAAAACAAGGCUAUCUACCCCCAAGAGAUGGCUAUCUUCCGCCUAAGAAAGCGUACCUCCCUCCAGAUGACAAAUACCUACCUCCUAAGGAUGGCUAUCUACCUCCGAAGAAAGAAUAUUUGCCACCAAAUUGAAGCACCGACUUUACGACCAACGCCUCUUCGUCCUUACCGAUUCACUGGACCUGCUUUCGGAGUGAUUGUUCAGCUUCCCCUGUUGCUUCCGGUUCCUUCAUUGACCUCGGACAUUUUGCAGUAACUUCACCCAGUGAAAUAUGAGCAGUUUAGAUAUCCAUUUAAACGAGUAAGAGCCCGUGCUGACACAAGAAUGGCUUGCAACAGCAAAAUAUACCCAUUUCUACCCUCAACGGAACUUCAAAGGGAAAUCUGAAAACCCCACGAUUCAAAAGAUCAGAUUUUACCGCGUCUCCGCGACCAUUAUGCAGCAUCUAGUUAGGAAAAUAAUGUUUUAAAAAAUAUUAUUUGUAUUGCAACCGACAUCUCGUCAUCAACAACAGGGAAGGCAAAAGUAUAAAAACCUCUCCAUAGAUUUCAGAGAGUGAACGACGAGAAACAUCAGGUAAACAACAAAAUUUCAAACUGUGGACCCUGUGUCACCAUUCUCGUUUAGCCUACUAAGGAAGGAGGCUACGUGAGUGGAAAUGAGAUAGGAAUGAACGAAAUCAGGAAAGGGUACCUAGUAUUCAUGAAACAAUACGUCUUUGGAUGGGAAUCAAACUGUCCUCGUAUCAUGUGUAUGGAGUUAUUGUGUAUGCUUUUCAUUGUAAUAAAUAAAACUCUGUAAGAAA